AUGAAAGCGUUCAAUUAUUGUCGAAAUCCUAUCUAUCUAUCUAUCUAUCAGUAUGUUCUUUACUAUGUAUCUAUCAAUGUAUCUGUCUACCUAACCGCCUUUGCCUUACUAUCUAACUAUUUAUAUAUCUAUCGGUUUGUUCCUUACUAUCUAUCUAUCAAUAUGUUCUUUACUAUCUAUCAAUGUAUCUUUCUACCUAUCUAUCAGUCUGUGCCUUACUAUCUAUCUAUCUAUCUAUCUAUCAGUAUGUUCUUUACUAUCUAUCAAUGUAUCUGUCUACCUAUCAGCCUGUGCCUUACUAUCUAUCUAUUUAUAUAUCUAUCGGGUUGUUCCUUUACUAUCUAUCUAUCUAUCUAUCUAUCUAUCUAUCUAUCUAUCUAUCUAUCAGGAGUUCACAUCCGUAUGUUGCCACUUCGUAACACUAUCUAUCUAUUUAUCUGGCUAGCUAGCUAUAUGUUCCUUAGUAUAUAUCUAUGUAUCUAUCUAUCUAUGUGUCUGUCUGUCUGUCUGUUCCUUACUAUCUAUCUAUCUAUCUAUCUAUCUAUCUAUAUAUAUAUAUAUAUAUAUAUAUAUAUAUAUAUAUAUAUAUAUAUAUAUAUAUAUAUCUGUCUGUUCCUUACUAUCUAUCUAUCUAUCUAUCUAUCUAUCUGUUUCUUGCUAUCUAUCUAUCUCUCUAUCUAUCUAUCUAUCUGUUCCUUGCCAUCUAUCUAUGUCUGUCUGUCUGUCUGUCUGUCUGACUGUCUGUUCCUUACUAUCUAUCUAUCUAUGUAUAUAUCUAUCUACCUAUCUGCCCAGCUAGCUAUAUGUCCCUUAGUAUCUAUCUAUGUAUCUAUGUAUCUAUGUAUCUAUCUAUGGGUCUGUCUGUCUGUCUGUCUGUUCCUUACUAUCUAUCUAUCUAUCUAUCUAUCUAUCUAUUCCUUGCCAUCUAUCUAUCUGACUGACUUGUCUUUAUUUAUUUCUUUCUUCUUUUCUUACCAUUUCAUUCUUUCUUAUUUUUAUUCGUUCUUUCUUUCAUCUAAGUUAUUUCUUCUUCAUCCAUCAAUUUUUUCUUUAACCUUUCUUUUAUCUUUUCGUUACCAGUCUCAUUCUCUUCUGGUACUGACUUUUUUUUUCUUUCAGUCUUUUCCUUCCAUUAAUUUCUGUUCCAAUUUGUUAUUGUUUUUUUUUUUUCAGCUUUCCUUCUUUUCUUUCUCAUUGAUUUCUUUGGUUUUUUCUUAUUUGCUUCUUUUUUUUUAUUUUAUUUCCUUCAUUCUGACCUCACAAUCUUUUCUCGCGGUUUUUUUUUCAUUCCAUCUUCUCUUUCCGAUGUUAAGAUUUUAUUCAAAAAAUGUUCUUCAAACUAGUUAUUCUUUCUUUCUUUCUUUUUUGUUACUUCAUUCAUUCUUUGUUUUUCCAUUUAUUCUCUUUCUCUUCUUUCUUCAGUUUUCGAUUCUUCCAUCUUUUUCUUUCUUUCUUCUUAUUUUUUUCAUAUUUAUUCUCAUUCUUUCUUUACUCUUUCUCAUUACGUCUAUAUUCUUUCUGUUUCUUUUUCUUUUCUUUUUUUAUUGCUUUUCAUUUGAAUUCAUUUGA